AUGUACCUGCAGCUACUGGUUAAAUUUGCAAAAAAACAUUCACCAUUUCCCACUCCACUGGAGCAGAAAGAAUUACAACAGUAUGAAGCAUUUCAUGAUAAAGUGGUAGCGGAGCGUUUUGAAUUCAUUCAUUUUGUUAAGCAGCGGUGUGCGUUGACCCAAGACAGAUAUCUGGUGAUCAAUCCGGAUGUAAAGAAAUAUAUUGAAGAAAUGUGGCAACAUCGACUAUCUCGAGCAUCAAAAUAUCCGGCAGAUUACGAGCCUCUACGACUCCUGCCGCUAGUAUAUUCUGAUAAAAAGAAACCUGUGGUUAUGAAACUGGAAGAAAACCUGCUGGAAGUGGGUUCAAUUCCAUUUAUUUUUCUGCCAAAAUUUAAGAAUCCAAUUCAUAUUCCUACUGAUUAUUCAAGAAUGAGGGCAAGAUUCCCACCUGAAUCUGAUGGCACAAGAAAUACUUUCAAAAUUCCAGUGAGUGAAGAUAAGAAUGCUGAAACGUUUGCUGUUGCCGGUGGAGUUCAUGUGGUGAUAUCUUCAAGUGCUUUGAAGCGUAUUACUGAUAAUCAUCCACCAAAUUUUGAAAAAGCUUGGGACUUACCAGUAAUAGUAAAGGAAUAUAAGCAGUGUGAUAAUAAAGUUGUUAAGGUUGUGUACCUGAACAAAGCUCUUCCGCCAAAGUGUUUGACAACUGUUGAAAAGAAUACGUAG